UGAAAAUGUUGCUCUGCAGAAGCCCGUGUACGCGAAUGCCAAAUGGGCAAACUGUUUGGUUGACGGUAACUUUGGCAGCACCAUCAGCCCAUACCAGGACCAGAUGCCAUACUUCUAUGUCGAUCUACUGGAUGAUUAUAAUUUGUCAUCGAUCCGGGUACACGCACAAAAUCAAUGGUCAUUCUAUGAUCAAGGUUUACACAUACCCUUCUCUGUCUACACGUGGGACAAGUUUGUGACAGGCUGUGAUUGCGAGCAACAAUACCCAUGGCAUAUUGCAAAGAAGAACCUUACAUACACGAGAAAAGGAGAGGAGAUCGUCAUCCAGGGCCCAAUACAAGCUCGCUAUAUUAUAAUUAUGCCGGACAAGGACAACUUCCUAGAAUCCACGCAGGGACUAGUGAUGGGAGAACUGAGAGCAUUCGGUGUCAAGGUCAGGAACGGUUACAUCCCAAUGACAUAUGAGGACGGACCUGAGGUCACUAACCUGCAUACAGAAACUCGUCAACGUCUGCUCACAGGACAAAAGCAAUUGCGUGUUGAGCAGGCUUACGGCGAAUACCUGCUGAACAAUGAAUACAACGAUGUCGCCCUGGGUUGGCAUCACAACCGAAUCAACACAAUGGCGGUGGUGCGCGACAACGCUCGUGCUAUCCUCAUGACUGGAACCCAAGGAAUGGAUCUGUUAGUGUCGUCGCCGGACUACUCAGCAUUGCGGGGCAAUGUCCGUUCGUGGCUCAGUCCAAACUAUCCAAAUGCAUCGUUUGUAAAAGUGACGGAGGAAGCCAAAUACGGAGACAUUCUACUGGUCACACGCCACGACAAAUUCGACGUAAAUUCCACAUAUGACAGACUUGCAUCCGGCAAUCAUUCUGUGGUGAUAGGUUACAUGGGUAAUACGCAGUUCUCGAACGAUGAUGCUACGGAACUGAUGGCAAAACUCAAGGUCAAAUACUUAAUACAUGACGGUUAUUACAUGCCCAGAGACAUACCGCUGCCGGAAAAAAUUGAAUCCGCCGAUUUUAUUCCGAAAGAAUAUGACCUCAAAUUGGGAACAGAAAGCUGGUGGUAUUUCAGAACAAAGGAUCUUACAACCGGGAUGUCAUGGAACGAAGCGAAAAAACCGGGGACACAAAAUGCACUCAGGGCACUCAUUGCUAAGUAUCGGUCAUAUUUUGCAGAUCGCCCAAUCUGCGAUAGAAACCCGUACACCAGAACUCCGGAACUAGAUCGAGCAUUCGAAAACUGGAACAGGCUACUGAGUUAUCAAGUUGGGUCCCGAAUUGAACCGAUCGGUGGUUCCCUACGUACGCCCGGUGAUGUGCAUUCGAGCGAGAAUGCCACUUGCUACUCGGUCACAUUCAAUGUAAGUGUACGCGGCAGUUUUUACCCGAUGGGUGCCUACGCCAGACCCGGAUACGCAUUCCAGUAUAAAGUACUAAACACCUCCAACCCGAGUCUAAAGGGUUAUCGUCUCCGAAUCAACCCUCAAACUGAUACUGUAAGACGUCCGGUGCUCACGCGCUGGUUCGCAAUUACCACUUCUACUGACAUGGAAAUGAAGGGUGAGUUCGCUUCUGCAUUCGGGGGUCCGAUAGUGGUCGAGAUUCCUGAAGCUGCAACUAUUACUAUCCAAUUCAAGAACGUCUACCGCUACCCGUGGUUUGAUAUUCGAAAUCCGGAGUCAAGGAACAAUUGGGAUGUUGAGCGUCGUAAACAUCAUGGUGUUCCCUAUUUGAUGCUAGUUGGUAACAACAUGAUCAGCAUGAUUGCCACUUCCAUGGCGACAAGCGUUGCAGGUGCGGAUGUCAUUUUCUGCGUCAAUCACUAUGACAAUGUGGUCAAGCUCAUGCACAAUUACCGUGGUACAGACUAUGCAACCGAUCGGCUGCAGGUAUUUGUGACCGAUGAACAAAUCUCGGCUGGCGAUGGUCAUUCAGGGUACCCGUGGAUGGCUUAUAGGUACUGGGGAUCCGGAUUUCUUUCGAGGUCAAGCAUAGAAGAAGGUUCAACCAUUGGAAUUCCACACGAGAUCGGUCACAAUCUGCAAGUCAAUCGGAUCACGUUUAAAGAUGGCGGUGAAGUGACUAAUAACCUAUACAUUCCAGUGUUGUACAAGUAUCUGGUUGGGCUUAAUGCCUACGCCAAGGGAUUCCGUCCAGGCUGGACUGAAGGGGACGAGAAAGACUUGAUAUCCACAUGGCGUGGCAACGAGUACAGAGGCGUCCAAGUGAGUUACUACAAUUACUACCACAGAUAUUUCACCGCAGCCUUAGUGAGCAACGUGAUGGGUAAUGCCGUCCAUUCGAAUGAAAACUUCGACACUGAGGAGCGGAAAGUUAGCUUUUGGUUGAGACAUAUGUGCAACGAGUCUGGAUACGAUCUGGUUCCAUUCAAUCGUCUGUGGAAGCUCCCAAUCACCAACGAAACAGCGCAGUUUUGUGCUCAAUUUCCAUGCUUCUUCCCUGACGAUGUGCUUACACAACAAGUGCCGGAUUUGGUUGAAAAACUACUGAAUGAAUAUGGAAAAAAAUGCUUUCGUGGAAAACCAAAAGAGGUGAAAUUCAAACGUGAUAUACUGCGUGGUGUCAACGUGUUGGAUCCGCAAAUGAUUUUUCUGCAUGAGAAUAGCUGUGCCUCAUAA